AUGGCGACCUCCUCAUCGUCAGCGGAGGCGGAAGGGUCUGGAACAAGGCGUCACCAAGUCGAGAUUUACGCACAUGCACUUCGCACUCGUCUCCAGCUCGCCUCAUACAAAGCAUGUAACGGUGUAGGCAAGGCUUGCUUCACGGACCUCUUUGAGCCUCUACAACAACCUCCUACAACUAGCUUGGUCGAGAAUCAUACCUGCACAGUAACACAGUCGGCCUCGCAGUCAUCACCGCAGCUUUCCACAGCCGAUCUGUUGCAAUCUGGAUCCCUGCGAUCCUCGUGUGAGUCAUCAGCACGAUGCACGAGGUCGAUCUACAUGGACAUCUUUGGACGAGACUUGAGUGCGACUCGAAGCUCAUCAAAGCGUUUGAGCAGAGCAACUUCUUUCGCUUCCACCAGUACUGCUAGGAAGCGUACUGUUUGCAAUUCUGUCAAGUUUGUUUCUCAAUCCUUUUCGAAUUGCGCUGAAACUAGCUCCUUGCUUGACAAAGCCGCUUCUUCACCACAGCUCGGCUCGCCAGAGCGAAAGAAUGGUCCUUUCGAUUGGCAUAACAAUCCAACUCCUGCAAUGCUCGCCUACGAGUCUAAACUCGCAGCAGAGCAAUCUUUUGCUAUUCCUUCCAGCGAGCAGGAGAAGCGUCGAGGAGAAGCGAGUUACAAUGCUUCUACAGCAAACCCUUUAUUGGGAACAUUGAAGCGGGUAAGGAUGAAGAGCAGUGCAGGAGGUUUCUUGUCCAAUGGUCACCCGGCUUCAUCACUCGCACAAGAUCUUGGCUUGACUGCACCUGGGACUGCUCGCUUUGGAAAUGCAUCUGCACGUCAGGUAUUCGCAAUGCAACCCUUGCAGCAUUCGGCAGCAGAACAGGAUCAAGAAGAGAGAGAUCGAGUGGCGACUACACUCGCUGGCUUAGCUGAAGCGAGGGAUAAUGGUGGUAGUAGUAGUAGUAGUUUUGAUUUCAGUUUGGGUAGUGAUAGGCUACAUAGCCCGGCUCCUCAAACGUCGUCUUCUAUGCAGGAGCGGGCAGGGUUGGGAAUUGCAUUUGCUAGUCCUACCAUUCGCCGAGAGAGUAUGGCGCAUUCUGGAGUAGUGAAGAGAGGACAUAAGAGAAAUGUUUCUUCCAACAUACUUCCCAUCCACCCAGAGGAAGAGGCGGAGCAAGACAAGACCAACAACAAGCAAGCACAAGCGGAGGAGCAAGGUCAAGUUAGAGCGGCAGCAGAUUACCUUAUUUUCCUAGCUUCUUCUCCUUCUCCAUCCUCGAUUAAACGGUUUAGUGCAGAUACCCAAACAGUUGCCAGUAACGACAUCUUGUCUACACCAGCUCAAACUUGGCUUUGGGAUGCUUUCAACACAUCUUCCGAAGCACUUUCUAAUUCUGGUGAAAGAGGGAGCAGGCUUGAACAAAGUAGUGCUGGAUUUGUAUCAGGACAUGCUAAUUUGGUUAGCACUCCGCUUACUCCUCCUCCAAGCGCAAGAAAACGCAAGAUUACAAGAGCCAACGCAGGCUAUGAGACGUCAGUGUUCGCUCUUGCAUUCCAUGAGGACUCUCUUCCAUCCUCGACGCUUAGCAUCCCGCGCAAAGCAGCAAAUGCAGAAGAAUACAUGCUUCUCAAUCAACGAACGCCGCGUCUUGACCGUACUCCUUCCCCACCUUGUUGCAAUUGGAAUAGAUUCAAUGUAAGAAUGCCAAACACUCCACCUAACGCUCCAGGUGCUCCAGGAGGAGAUCCAACUUUUCACUAUGCCGAUUUCGUCAACGUUUCACCCUCACCUCAACCUCCCAGCACAGCAAGGUUCGCACGACCAGCAGCAGGUUAUUCAACAUACAGAACGCACCCAAGAACACCAACUAAAUCAAUUAGGUACACCUUUGACCCAAGCCAUACCUAG